AUGAAGAUCCAACAUAAGGCCACUAACAUAUUGGGGAAGACCUCGCAUUACUUGAAGAGUGGGGUUUUGAAAGAAAAGCCGGUUUGGUUUGACGUUGUGGGCUCGAAUCCACCAAAUAUUGAUUUAACUAAAAGAGCGAAAUUAUUUGAUGUUAAUGGGCAAAAACAGGAUCCCGUGGAAAAAUUAAAUGAUAAACUGAAGAAAAAUGGAUUGUAUAAAACCCGUCAUGGCAAAGCGGAUCGUGCCAAUAUAAAUACCAGUGUUAAUAGGGUACCAAAGUUGUCAUUUUUAGAAGAUCGAUUAAGAGAUUUAUUUUACCAUCAACAUCCAUGGGAAUUUGCUAGACCCAAGACAUUAAUUGAAAACAAGGGGGAUGAAUAUAAGAAAGGCGAUUGGUCCCAUAUGUUACAAUUCCAUAAACCAUUAGAUGGAGAAAGUGUUGUACAAAGAACCGUAUGGUUAUUAGAGACGGAGAAUAAAAAGGGGAAAGGAGGAUUACUUGAAGCUUAUGAUCAGGCCAGGUUUGAAUUCUAUAGAUUGAGAAUGGAAGAAGAAAUGAACAGUCAAGUAUCAAAAGAAGAAAGUGGGAUGUAUGGGGCCAUUUACCCAAGUACAAAUAUCGAAUGGGGAUUAGAACAAGAACAAGAACAUUUGGAUAUAUGGGCCAAAGCUGCUAGUGAAAUGACCGAAGCCAAACUAGCCUCGACAGCCACCCAACAAAGAGCCGCCAAUGGAUCCCAAGGAGGUGAAGAAAUGGAAAGAGAUACCCGUUCUAUAUGGGAAGAAGGAUUAGAAAAUAUUGGUGAAUUUGAAGAAGAAAAAUAA